AUGUAUAUUCGCGGAGUCCACGCCGAAGAACAGAUAAAACCUCUGUUGAACUUUAUCCACCAGAACCCGCUUGGUAUCUUCACAACCGCAAUCCCUUCAGCUUCUCACCCACUUCUACAGUCCAGUCAUGUCCCCUGGGUCUUAGACAUCAUCUCCGAUGAUCCAGACGCACCAGUUAAAGGCCGUCUACGAGGACACAUGGCCCGUCAGAAUCCUCAGGCGAAAGCCAUAAUCGAAGCUUUACAAUCUUCUUCGUCUUCUACAAACACCGGGGACGAAGUUACCGGUGGAGGCGAUGGUUUAUUAGAGCAAGAAGUUCUGGUUCUAUUCAAUGGACCGCAUCAUCACUACGUUACUCCAAAGUUCUAUGUUGAGACGAAACCAGCAACGGCGAAGGUAGUCCCAACGUGGAAUUACUCCGCUGUUCAAGCCUAUGGAAAAGCACGCAUCUACCAUUCUUCCGGCUCGGCGGCAACUUCAGAAUACCUGGGUCAACAGAUGAAAGAUCUUUCUACCCUUUGUGAAACGGAAAUAAUGGGGUAUACAGGUGAAAAGGGCACGACUAACGGACCAUGGGAAAUUGAAGAUGCGCCGGAGAGGUAUUUGGAGAUCAUGAAGAAGGGAGUUAUUGGGGUUGAAAUUGAGAUUGAAAGGAUUGGAGGCAAAUGGAAGAUGAGUCAGGAAAUGAGCGUAGGGGAUAGAAAUGGUGUUGCGGAGGGGUUUAAGAAUCUUGGGACGGAGAUUGGAGUUGCGAUUUCGCAGUGUGUGAGGGAGAGGGGGGAGAUUUGUGACGAGGCGAAGAGGAAGGCGAAGGAGAGCUCGUAA